AUGGCUGCUUGCAAGUGGGCUUCCACCGGCCUCGGCUGGGGGGGCGGUGGAGUCGAGUGGAACCCGCAGGCUAUUUCUUUUCCACCCAUGUCCGACUCGAGCGCGGUCGGCGCGCUCGCCGCCGCGGGCGGCGGAGUCCUCUUUGCGAGCGGGUGGCUGGUGUGGAUCGACGGGGUCGCGGCGGCCGCAAACGACUACGGCUUUGGCACGCCGGGCGCGGACUGGGUGCCCGGCAUCCUGCAGACGGUCGCGCUUCUCAUGGUGAACGCGAUCACGUGGAGCGCGAUGGCGGACGGCGGGUUUGACGACUCCGUCGCGCAGAAGGUGAAGGCGUGGGUCUUUGUCUCGUUUGUGUUUGCCUUCUCCGGCCUGAUUGCGUCCACAACCUGCUGA